AUGAGAUUACGUAUAAGGCACGCGGAAGGCAUGACAACCCUCUCGGAUGUGAGGCAAGAGGACACUGUUUCCAUACUGAAAGACGCUAUCAGGAAUGCAAUCUCUCUUGACGCUACUCGGGACAUUCAGAUCUCAGGAGGAUAUCCGCCAAAGCCAUUGAAUGAUAUGAAUACAGAGUUGAAGGAUGCUGGAUUAAGGGAUGGAGAUACAUUGAACAUCAAAUUGGUAGAUACACCGAUCUCUCAACAGCAGCAGCAGCAGCAGCAACAACAGCCAUCUAGUACAGCAAGCAGCAAUGCACCAUUGCGUACCUUGAAGGCUCUUAAAGAGGGCUCUGUGCAAACAGUCAAUGGAAUUUUGCAGUUGAGAGUCAUGGAAGAUGACAAUUCAUGCUUAUUCAGAUCAAUAGAGCUUAGGCAAGUCAUUGUGAACGGCAUCAAGAACGAUCCAGUCAUGUACUCUGAUGUCACUCUGGGGCAACCAAGAGACAAAUACAUGGAAUGGAUCCAGAAAUCAAACUCUUGGGGAGGAGGAAUUGAACUUGCGAUUUUUUCUGCUUAUUUUGGUGUUGAAAUCGAUAGCAUUGAUGUUCAAACUGGCCGCAUAGACAAGUUUGGCGAGGGAUCUUUUGAUGAACGAGUUUUGAUCGUCUACAGCGGUAUUCAUUACGAUGCGCUAGCAUUAACACCCACAGCCGAUAGCCCUCCUGAUUUUGAUCAGACUAGAUUUCCAGUUAGCGAGGACUUUGUACUCGAUGCUGCUAAACAAUUGGUCGAUGGACUCAGAAAAAGCCACAAAUUUACUGACAUUGCUAACUUUACUCUGAAGUGUGAGCAAUGUAGCACGGGUUUGAAGGGAGAGAAAGAUGCACAGAAUCAUGCUGCAGCAACAGGGCAUACUCGAUUCACAGAAUAUGCUUAG